ACUAAAUUUUAAUUACCUCGCGUCCAAUAAUGUUUUAAUUAUCAUCUUAGAAAUAUUAAAAUCAUAGGAUCUUUACUUGUAGAUAUAAUAUUUAACUUUUCCACCUCUCAUGAUAUCCUAAGGCUGCUGCUUUUUCCAAAAAUCUAAUAUGAACGAAUUUGAUACGACACGUAAGCAACUGAGUCAGUGGCGCCCCGCAGAUUUGCCACUCCGCCGCCAUCGGCCUCUAAAUGAAAUGCCAAUCAUUUCAUUCCGCUUCGCUCUGGAGGCAAUUUACAGAACGACUCGUCUCUGUGUGGCCGGAGGUCACAGCAGCAGUUUGUCAAUGUGAUUUUAUUGGCCCUAAAACAAAUACUGGGGGCCCUGAUUUCCUCAAAGGGGCCAAUCAAACUAGCCAGAUGCAUCAUAAACGCUGUCAACAUGGAAGACGAUAAAACAAGGGGUGGGGUCGAAUUGUCUUUAAAUGCUUAUAGAAAAGGUGCUUUGGUGCUUCCUUUCCUAUCUCCUUUAGCAUAGGAUACACUGGAAGGAAAGGAGAAAUAGACGACCCACAAUUCUUUGCUGCAGCGAUAUUUAACAUGACGCACCAUGCACGAAUGUCAACGAUUAAAUCUGAAGUAGAAGAAGAAGAGUAUGAAUAUGAGCGAGAAGAGACACAAGUCAUCAUGCAGAUCUGAGACUCUGAGCCACACGAUGAACAUGUUCCUCGUCCUGUGCAGCAGCACCGCCGCCACAGCCCUGAUGAGAGAGAGGGGCUGAGAGAAAGGGUUGCACACGCCGCCCUGGAGGGAUGCAUCCAGCUCCAUCUGUUUGUUAUGCAUUAGCUGAGCACAAUUGGCCUCUUCAAGCAAUCUGUUGUCGAGAUAAGGCCUCGGGCUAUUCAAGAGCAGCGCCGUCUGCCGCUGAUCCAUGGCUCCAUUUCCACGGUUUCAUCUCCUGCGAGAACGCUCCGUCGUUUUGAGCCAGAAACACUGGAGCUAACUGCGUCUCUUGUCUCUCUGAGAUUGACUCGUCAAAUCUGUCCUACAGCGGAGCAGGCAUCAGCACUUUCCCAGGUCGGAUCUGUGUUUACAUUUCCUUACAUGGAGCACGAGUGAAUCUGGAGCGCUGCGCCAGCAUCCAGCGACACUUCCUGAUCCGUCACCUGAGACACGCCAAACUCUCCAGCUACAAUCCAGGAUUGUAGCUCUGGUUGAAGCCGUGUUCUUGUGCCACAACCAGCUAAGAGAUCGCAACGUGAUUGUUUGUACUCUCAUCUUCUUCUUCUCGGUCGUCAUUUUUAAUGGUGGUUGGCGUUCACCGUAACAGGCGCAUUAGCGGAAACUUCUGCUCCGGAGUUUUCCCGGUGGCAGAUAUUUAGAUGUAGAUGACUUGUGACUUUUUUUAUUGUAGUGCUGUCGUUUUGUCGUUAGUGUACAAUGACAACUAGCCCGAACCCGAACCCGAACCGUAACCAAAUGAAACGCAGUAUUUAAACGCUAUUAAAGUGUAAAAUCAAAGAACACGUGAGAUGUUAUGCCAUUGUCCGCCAUCUUCUGUAUUCCAGUUUACGUGACAACGCACAAGUGGUGAACCAAUGAAUGAGCUCAUUCUGAUCUGGGUGUUGGUGCUGUGUUCUCGGACAGAAGAAGAGCAGUCGUCUGAUGAGCGAAGACGUCGGCAUCACAAGACUGAGAGUCUGAGAGACAUCUGCUGCGUUUCUGCAGCAAGUGCAAAAACCAAACCCUGUCGCCACGAAAUGACAUUUAUACACAACUAAUUUACAGCCGCAGCUAAAUGAAGGAUUGAAUUUCAUUACCAUUGACAGAGAACUCCACUGAUUUACCAUUUCAUUCCAUUUUAGUGGAGAAAUGUCAGAGGAGCCGUCCCAUGUGUUCAAAUGAGGAGCGUGGAGAAACUUCAGUCUGGGUCAACGAGCAAAAGCGUUAAAUAAACGUUGAACAGUGUCACAUGACAUGAAGGUUCUUGUCGUCAGUGUGACUUUCCGUAAAAUAAUAUUGAAUCAAAUUUAGAUUUUUCUAGUACAAUCAUGAUUUUUUUCGCGUAAUAUUACGACUUCAUUCGUAAGUCUCCCCUUUCCCCCCUCGACGUGGCCCUAAAACUCUGUCGAACUGUACAAAUCAAAUUGAAUUGAGUUCAGCCUGCGAACGUGCAGGGAGGAUGGGAAAUUGUGUUUGUUACAGGCUGUUAAAAACAGAAAUAUUAAUUGAGUCUUUCUAUGUUUGUCUGUUGGGACUGAGGGCGAGCUAACUGGUCAAAUGGAUCAGUGGCGUCCUGUGUGUGGGUUGGUGCUCCCGUCUCCCGUCAGUGUCUGAGCCUUCGAGACACUUCGGCCGAUAAAUGUGUUUUUAACUCGGAGGCUGCUCCCACUCGUGCAGCUUGGUUUUCUUGCUCGUCUCCAGCGGAUGUGCAGCUCGUGUGCACCGGAGUUUGUAAGAGCUUGUUUGAUGUUCGGGUGGAAAAGCGGCGACUGAACCAGACGGUACAUCUAAUGAAAACUAGCCAGAAAUAUGAGAGAUACAUUAAACGUAAUUGAAUUAACUAUUGAUUUCAUAGAAAAGUAAAUGUAAACCUUCCGAUAAACGAGAUAUGCCUGAGAGAUGUGUGCAUGAUAUGAUACUUUACAAGCUCAGAUAAAUCAUCCCCAUUACCUUGACGACCGUAUCAACCCCCGUGUGGUCGCAUAAUACUGAAACAACUUACCUAUGGUCUCUAUUAUGAAGCACCCGAGGAAAUAAUGACUCUCAGACAGCAGUUAUUUCGCUGCUAGUAGCCUUUGAAUGACGCCCAGCGGGCUGACAAGCUUCCCACUGGCACCCAGGCGAGGCCUCUCGGCCGCCGCCGCUCAUUAUCUUCUCGUUCAGGUUAAGCCACGGAUCCGCCUCUUCCUCUUCUCGCAAUUACCUGUCGGUCGACUGCUGCGUGACUGCACCGCGGAGAGGAGGCCAGGCCACCGGCUGACGGGACGUCUGGCUGCACCGAGCGCCGACAUCUCAUGGAGCCAAGGUUCUCUCUGCAGGACCUGAGGACGGGAUUCAUCAGCAGCUGCUGCAGCACACGUGGCCGACGACGAAGUGACAGCUGACUCACUGUGUGAACAGUGGACAAGAUAUUGAUCUCUGCUUAUGAAUACAUCUCUAUAAUGAAUGUAUUGGCAAAAAAAGAAAUGAAACAUUAGUAGUCGUGGAUUUUGAAACAAACUCUUCUUUGUAAUGCUUUUUUUUGACAAGUCACUGUUGUGUCAGAGGUUUAGCUGGAGCUAGCUUGUAAGAUGAAGCUAGCUGUUAGCGGGAGCUAGCUUGUAAGAUGAAGCUAGCUGUUAGCGGGAGCUAGCUUGUAAGAUGAAGCUAGCUGUUAGCGGGAGCUAGUUGUUUAGCUGGAGCUAGCUUGUAAGAUGAAGCUAGCUGUUAGCGGGAGCUAGUUGUUUAGCUGGAGCUAGCUUGUAAGAUGAAGCUAGCUGUUAGCGGGAACUAGCUUGUAAGAUGAAGCUAGCUGUUAGCGGGAGCUCUUGUGGAGCUUCACGUCGCUAAAAAGAAGAUUGAAAAACAUUUUCCUGCUAUAGACUCUUUGACUAUUAUAUAUUUUCACAGUGACACUGACUGGAGGAGCCGGGGAUCGAACCACCGGGCUUGUCAUUAUUGAGUGGGCCUGUGGCCGGGAGAGGGGCGCGGGUUCUCCAAUAACAAGAAGGUUUUAAUGGUGGAAGAAUCCUUGGGCAACUAAAAUUCAGGGAACUGCUGCUAAAUCCAUGUUUUCUUUUUUUAUUUUUGAACAUCUAUAUUUGUCUCUGAGAUGCACAGAGAUGAAACUGAGAUAUAUCUCUUUUCUUUUUUCAAAAUCUGUCUGACUAAUGUUUUUAUUCCAAAACAUCAGAAUAUCCCUUUGAAAUGUCACUGUCACACCCACACCUCUACCCGUCUCUGUUCACAUGAGCUGGAGUCGCAGGGACGCUGAGCAUCAUCAGCGAUGCAGCAGCUACAGGCCUGUCAAUCACAGUCAGUCGGCAGGGAGCUCCACCUUUGCGCUCGUCCUCGACAGGCAGGGAGCAGCAUGCAGAUGAAACAAACACACCCCCUCUUUCUCCCAACACUUCACCAGAGGAACAUGGCGGAUGACGGCAGGCGGGGGGACGAGGACGACCGCGGCCCCGGAGCAGCGUACCAGGUGUUCGUGGUGAUGGAGUGUUUACUGGAGAAGCUGAAGGUGUUGAACUACGAGGAGGAAGUUCUGGCCAAACACAACAUGAAGAACCUGAGCAGACAUUAUUUCGUCUCCAGUCCGUAUCUGGCGUCCAACCCCGGCGAGCAGUUCUACAUGUUCACCAUCAUUGCAGCGUGGCUCAUCAACGCCGCGGGGCGGCCGUUCACCGAGCCGCAGGAGUACGACGAACCCAACGCCACCGUGUCUAACAUCCUGGCAGAGCUCCGAGCUUUCGGGGUGAAGGUUGACUUCCCGCCCUCCAAACUCAAGUCAGGCUCCGGCGAGUAUGUCUGCCUGGUGCUGGACCGCCUGGCGGAGGAGGCUCUGAGGAGGAGGGGCUUCUCCUUCAGAAGACCGACCUACCCGACAGAAACCACAGAAGAAGAGUCGGUGCUGGAGGACGACGCAGAGCUCACGCUCGGCAAAGUCGAAGAGGAGACGAUCGAACCCGAUGAUGAUGACGACGAGGAGAACGUGAUGGAUCUGGCGGCUCUGAAGUUACGGACGACUCACACUGAAGCGGAACCUUCCUCCAAACCAGACGAGAUCCUGGAGUCAACGGUGGACGCGGCAGACUGGUACCUGGAGGUGGAGCGAGUCCUGCCUCAGCUCAAAGUCACCGUCCGGACGGACAACAAGGACUGGAGGAUCCACGUGGACCAGAUGCAUCAACACCGGGAGGGAAUCGAGUCUUCGCUCAAAGAGGCCAAGAGCUCCCUGGACAAACUGCUGGAGGACAUCGGUAAGACUCAGGAGAAGGUGAGCAGCAGAGAGAAGUACUUCAACAACCAGCUGGAGAAUCCCAUCCAGGAAUACCGCAGCGCCCUGGUCAAACUCAGCGAGGCCAGAGAGCGACACCAGCAGGCCUGUGGACGAGUGACAGAGAAGACCAGAGUCCUGGCUGAGAUCAGCGAGGAUCUGGAGAAAGUGAAGCAGGAGAUGGAGGAGAAGGGCAGCAGCAUGUCGGACGGAGCGCCGGUGGUGAAGUUGAAGCAGAGUCUGGCGAAGCUGAAGCAGGAGAACGUCCAGAUGGACGUGCGGAUCGGCGUCCUGCAGCACCUGCUGCUGCAGGCCAAGCUCAAAGAGAAGUCCAACAUGACGCGCAACAUGAACGCCACCAACCUCCCCGAGGCCGCCGCCGCCGCCACCGGGCCCUUCGUGUAGUCGCCCCCAAAAAACUCACUUUGUCUCUAACUCCAGCUGAACGUCUUCCGGCUUGCUGGAAACUUCAAACUUUUCUAUUCAAGAAAGCAGCAAACAUGUGAACAUUUCCAGUUGAACAAUUUUGUGUGUGUGUAUGAACAUGAAAUGAAUUUUGAUACAAGUUAACAAUUAA